AUGGCAUUCAGCGGGGCCGCAGCUCCUACUGCGGACAUGGACAUCGACAUGGACCUUGAUCUCGGACCAGAGCCCGAGCCCGAGCCAAUUCAUGUGGAAACAGCCACAAACUUGGAACCCACCCUCGACCCCCUCUCCGAUGAAGCGGUCUACGAAAAAGUGCAUGUUCGCGGCGUCGAUGAAAUGACCACAGAGAAUAUCAAACAAUUUGCUCAUGACUGCUCUGGACAUGAACCAGUGCGUAUUGAAUGGAUUGACGAUACAUCCGCCAACAUCAUCUUCUCCUCCGCCGAAAUCGGCCUUCAAGCUCUCACAGCUCUCACGCAAGUCGCUGAGGAAGAAGACGCGUCUACCUUGCCACCUCUGCGUCUCCGCUCGGCGAAACUCCUCUCCUCCCACCCUGAUUCCGUCCUCCAAGUGCGAUCGGCUGUCAAAUCGGACCGAAAGCAAGCCCGCGCCCAUGAGAAGAGUCGCUUCUACCUCAUGCACCCCGAGCAUGAUCCCCGAGAACGCUUGCGACAAGAGUUUGCCGACAGGAGAAAUAGCGACGAUGCAGGUGAUGGUGAUUACAGGCGGCGCAAGUUCGACAACCGAGAGCACCGACGCCGCCGAGACCGCGACGAGGACGAACACUUCAACGCCGACAUGUACGGUGAUAACGUUGGCUCUGAACCCGAGCGCGCUCGGGCACAGCCCAGAGGUCGUGGCCAGAGGGACCUGUUCCCAGAGGACGAGGGCCGAUCAAGUGGACGUCUCCGGAACCGCAGUGCAUCUCCGGGACGAGACACGCUGGAGGAAGAACUUCGAGUCGAGCGAGGUGGUCGUGAUAAUACCAGGCGGUUCCGUGAGAGGUCGCCACGACACGGUCGUAAGAAUAAGGAUAGGGAGCUUUUCCCAAGCGCGGACCAGAGCGAGUCAGGAAACCGCGAGCUUUUCCCAAACAAGCCCGCAUCUAGCUACAUCAAGAAGGAGUUGCUGCCUAGCAAGUCUAGUCACCACCGUCGGUCAGAUGCAUUCGACGCUUCUUCUGUCCCAGGCACCUCUGAGCACAGACGCCACAGCAAUAUUGAGCUCUUCCCUGAUUCCACCAACAAUGGUGCCCGCAUUCGUGGAGCAGCCGCAGCCACCGAGGACCAAGGAUUUGCCAUCCGAGGCGGCGCAUCGAAUGGCAUGUCGAUUAAAGGCCGGGGUGCGUCGGUGCGCGAGCUGUUUCCUUCCAAGUUUGACAAUGUCCCCAACAAUAACACCAACGCUGGCCCUAGCGCAAACGCUGGCAAGGAACUGUUUUCUGAUACACUAGAAGGACGCGGCGGUCGUCGGCGUCGGGCAGAGGACAUGUUCAGCUGA